GGAGGGAGAGAACGAGAGAAUAAAAGAGGAGGAAAGGGGAGGGGCCAGCCGAUGACAGACAGGAGGCUCUUCUUCCUGUGUUCUCUCUGCUCUGAAGCUGCAGAGGAACGCUUCACAUGCCGGAGAUGAGCGACCAGGACAGCAGCACCUCGGCAUCCCAGACGGAGGGAGAGGUCGAGGGGGAGAUGGACGGCGCCGCCCCCGGCUUGUCCAGCUUCUCCUCGUCUCUGCGCGCCGUCAUACGCAUCAAACAGAAGUACCAGGCCAUGAAGAAGAAGCGCCUGGAGAUCUCGGGUCUCGGCGGAGACGGGAGCUUCGUGGGAGCGCCGACGAAAACCAGCCCCAAGAUCUUCACCUUCGACGUGCUCACGCCGUCCUCCUCCGUCCCUCAGAAGAAGAAGAGGAGGAGGAGGAAAGGGGUGUUGUACCCCAACAGGGGGCGGCGACGAGCCCCUCCCAAGCAGGAGCAGAGCCGAGCCAAGUACUGCCUCUACCUGCUCUGCGUCAUCGUCUUCGUCCAGGUGUACAACGCCAUAGAGAACCUCGACGACCACGUUCUCAGGUACGACCUGGAGGGGCUGGAGAAGACCCUGAGGAGGGAGGUGUUUGGGCAGCAGGGAGCGGUGGACGGCCUGCUGUCCCACCUGAAGGACUACCUGUCGACCUAUGUCCACAACAAGCCCCUGGUGGUGUCCCUGCACGGCCCCAGCGGAGUGGGCAAGAGCCACCUGGGGCGCCUGCUGGCGGGGCACUUCCGCUCCGUGGUCGGGGAGACGCUGGUGCUGCAGUACUACGUCCUCCACCACUGCCCCCAGGAGGCCGACGCCCUGCGGUGCGCCCGCGACCUCGCCGCCCUCAUCUCGGGGAUGGUCGAGCGGGCCGAGGAGGAGGAGAAGAUCCCCCUCUUCGUCUUCGACGAGGCCGAGCACAUGCACGAGGAGAUCCUGGACGCGCUGCUGCAGCUCGUGGCCGCCGAGCAGUCCAACGAGUACCUGAACGCCGUCUACCUGUUGCUGAGCAACCUGGGUCACGCGCACGUCACCAAGCACACGCUGCGCAACUCCUCCGGCGUUUCCGCGGCAAUGACGUCGUCCGGUCGCCAGGGCAACCUGGUCAAAGAGCUGACGCCCGUCUUACGCAGCUCUCUGGAGAAGCUUCACCCACUGUGGGCGGAGGCGGAGGUGUUACCUCUGGGCCUCUUGGAGAAGAGUCAUGUGAUGGAGUGCUUCCUGGAGGAAAUGACUCGAGAGGGCUUCUACCCGGAUCAUACCAACAUAGAGCGCCUGGCGGGGGAGAUCGAGUACUACCCCGAGGUCGGGGGCCACGAAUACUCCCAGACGGGCUGCAAGCAAGUGGUGGCCAAGGUCAACCUGCUGUGAAAGAGCUCCCGCAGGAAAAUGUGUGGAAGUGUUUCUCGUUCUUUUAAAAGCGUGAAGAAACGUCGCGUGGGAAGUGAGUCGAGGUCGCCGAGGGUUAUGAAACUCGAGCGACGCAACUCGGAGCCGCCGGGGCUUUCAGGAGCGGUUUCAUAAGGAUGGAAAACAAAUUAAAAGAGGAGGAAGUUGCUUCAGACUCUGUUGAGGCGUGACUCCUCUGAAGAGGUUCGAACACGUUUUAUUUUGUAUAAUUUUUUUUAUAUAUCUGCUUCCACCAAAAGACCUCGGAGGUAUGGGAUUUAGUUUUGGGACUAUUUUGUUUUGUUUGUUUUUCUUUUUGUCCGUUAUCUCGUGAUGACAUCGUUGUUCGGUUCGUCAGUUGCAUCUGCAACUAUUGGGACGGAUCGGCGUGAACGUGUUGUGCCGACGUUCAUGUUCCCCAGAGGAUGAAUCCUCGUGGCUUUGGUGAUCAGAUUACUUUUUAAACGUGAGGUUGACGUUUGUGGUUUUGAGGUAAAUAUCUCAGCAGCCAAAAAAUGGAUCGCAUUGAAAUAUUCAAGGUCCUCAGAGGAUGAACCCUUUUUGAUUUCAUCCAUCCCUCGACCUUUCAUUUAGUCCUACAAGCAAUUUAACAUCAUUUUAGUUUUGUAAUGAAUCGUCUCAGCAACUAUUGGAUGUAUCGACAUGAAGGUUUGUACCGGCGUUCAUGUUCCCCAGAGGAUGAAUCCUCACGACUUUGGGGAUCAUCUUACUUUUCAUCUAGCGCCACCGUGAGGUUACCAUUUGUGGUUUUGAGUGAAAUAUCUCGUCAACAAUUAUAUGGAUUGCCAUUCAAUUUGGUACAAAUAUUCGAGGUCCUCAGAGGAUGAAUCCGUAACAUUGUUAUCGAUCCAAGUUAACGUAUUUAGUUUUUCAGUGAACAAUCUCAGCAACUAUUGGAUGGAUGUUAAAGUUUGUACAGAUAUUCAUGUUCCCCUCAGGAUGAACCGUAGAUCCCUUAAUUCUGGCGCCAUCAUCAGGUCAAAACGUGAAUAUGCCCACUACUUAGCACGCUAACAUGCUAAAGUAAAUAUUAAAUAUAUUAAAAUAAUAUUAAUAUUAAACCUGCUAAACAUCAUGUCAUUGUUGCCAUUUUGAGCGUUAGCAUGCUGACGUUAGCUAUUGACAGCAUGCUAACGUGCUAAAGUGAAUAUUAAAUACAUUAAAGCUAUAUUAAAAUUAUAAUAUUAAACCUGCUAAACAUCAUGUCAUUGUUGCCAUUUUGAGCAUGUUAGCAUGCUGACGUUAGCUAACGACAGCUAACGAAACUAGAGUGAAUAAUAAGUAUGUUUAUGAUUUGCGUGAACUGAACCGUUAAACCUUUUUGCAUACAUUGUUUAUUCCUCAGCUCAACCAGAAACAGUAAGAAAUUAGUAAAUCCAAUAUUCCUUUGUGUAAUAAGGUUCAGGUAUUUGUAAUGCUUUAUUUUGUACACAUUGACGGACAAUUAGAAGUUUGUCAAAUGUAAAAUGUGAUGCAACAUGAAUUGUAUUAAUGCAUUCUGGACUUAUUUUAACGGUAAUAGUAUGUUUAUUUAUUAAAUACUUAUGCAUAUAUAUACUACACAUUUUAUUACAUUAUGUUAUUGACUUAUUAAUGCGUUAAUGUCCUGUAUUUAGGUAUCUUAGUCCCAAGUAGUAGUUUACUAAUAUAAACUUGAAUGUGUAGUGAAAUGAAAUUAAAGACACCAUUUAAUUUCA